AAGGAUCGCCUUUGGUUCUAAGUGGUACAAAGCAUACCAGUUUUCCAGAAGAUUUGUCUAUGCACGCUUCCAAAGAACAAAUUAAAACAUUGACUCAAUUAUCUGAAGUAGAGCAAGCAGCAUCUGGUUUGAAACAUUCUGUAGAAACUGUUUCUAAUCCUGGAAUAAUAACAAAACUUAAAAGAUUCUUCGGAGUUUCCAAAGAAGUGAAAAAGAUAAAGGUUUCAAUUACAGAAGAACACAUUUUAAAGCAAUCAUUAAGAGUAGGAAAGAAAAAGUUAAAUCAAAGACAUAUAGCUCCCGUAAUAAUAUGGGACUUUGGAGGUCAAGAUAUCUUUUACUCCACGCACCAAAGUUUCCUGUCCUACCGAGCCAUCUAUUUGAUUGUACUGGAUGGUAGUAGGACCCUUGAUGAGCCAUGUCAAUUUGAGCAUUAUUUACCAGGGAAAAGUGGACCGAAAACUGCAAGAGAUUACCUGCGAUUCUGGAUAAAUACAAUUGUGACCUACUGCAAAGGGAGCCAGCAUGGAUUUCCCAAGAUUAUGAUUGUUUUUACACAUAAAGACAAGCUGAAGCCUAGUGAAGUUGAAAAAACAAAAGAACAACUGUUUGGAGAUGUAAAGAGCAUAUUUCAUGAAUCCCCACUGAUGUCACAUUUGGUUAUUGAAGACAAAAUAUUUGUAAAUGCUAGAAACAAAAAUGAUCCAGAAAUGGCAAAGAUCAGGAGAGGUAUUAUCCGAGAGUCAAAGCUCCAACCAACAUGGGGACAAAACUUUCCAAAAUGCUUUAUCCCCCUUGAAUUUGAAUUCGAGAAUCUUAUCCGAGAGAAUAUGAAUGUAAUUACAUUUGACGAUUUGAGAAAAAUAAACACUCAGCAUCCUAUAAGACCAUUAUCAGAUGCUGAACUCAAGGUUUUCCUGAAAUUUCAGCAUGCUAUUGGAAAAAUUCUAUACUUUGAUGAACCGGGAUUGGAUACACAUUUAACACUACUGCCAACAUAUCUCAUUGAUGCUUUCAAAUCAAUAAUCACCGAUAAAAGAUUCUGUAAAGGAGAAAAACAAAGAGAGCAUUUAUGGAAUCUGAUGAGCCAGAAAGGGGUCAUCUCCAAGAGCGCAAUAGAGAAACUUUGGAGAAAUUAGAAUUAUCGGAGAUUUGAACAACACAAAGACUACUUAGUAGCAGUGAUGACCCACCUUGAUAUUUUAGUAGAACCAAAGAGAUAUGACCUCGAGCGCAAUCGAAUACCGACCGACUUUUACUUCGUUGCUAGCAUGGUCCAGGCUAAGGAUGACACUGGUUACCUUCAGUCUCCAUUCCUCACUGACAGAAACAUUGCCAUAGCAUUUAGUUCUAAUUCUGCUAUAAUACCACCAGCUUUGUCAUUCAGGUUCAUCAAUCACUGCCUCAGUAUUUUUGAUGUGAAGAAAUACGGCGAUAGAAAGGACGACAUGCUGUUCCAUAGAUCUGCAAUAUUUACAAUUGAUCCAUCUUUAGAAAUUCAUAUUCUCUGUGAAGAUGAACGAAUUUUUGUCCGUCUUGUUCAUGCUAAGAAUAAUGUUUUGAUAUUGAAAGACCUUGCUUCAAGUAUCUGCGAUUGUCUGAAAUCAGCCCUGCAGAACAUAAGUCAGCUUUAUAUCAAAACCAGCAGUGAUAACUCUGAACUAAGCGUAGGGACUUUUGAAAUGAACUUAGGCUGUAGUUUUGCAAAAGAUCCAUGCCUGCUAUCCAUUGGAGAAUUCAACAAAAACGAUAGUAUCUGGGUAUGUCCCGGACACAAAGUGGACCAUGAAAAAUUUGUGAUGUGCUCUUGGAUAACAGAAAAGGAAAUAAUGAAGAAGUGUGAAAUUACCUGUCCAGUUACGAAUGAAGAUUUUCUAAGUGAAGAUUUGUCAGCACUUCACCUUCGUCGACUUUCAAUCCUUUACAAUGUAGAUGAGAUUCGCCAAUUGGUAACACAUCUUGAACUACCAUACACCAAAUGGAAAGACCUCUUCAUCGUAGAACCUGAACCACAGCUACUGAAAUUCAAAGCAUUAUGUCUUUGUCACGGGCAAUCAACACUGACCUUCAGAAAAAUUAAAAAAGCUGUAGAGGAAGGAAAGAUACAAAAUCCACACACUUUGUGCAAGGUAAUGAGAGGCGCAUUUGUGGACUUUGAUACUGAUCCAGAGAAAUGGGAUCUGGUUCCUUCGGAUGUAGACAUUGAUAGAAUGGCACCUUUGAUUGGAAACAAAUCCUUAUUUUUUCUGGUUGAACUUGGUAUGGACCUCGAGACAUGGGAUAUCAUCAAUCACUGGCAAACGAAACGAGAUUUGGUGAAACUAAACAAGGAUAUUCUUGAUGAAU